GGUAUCUUCUGCGCGCGCGCAUGUCGUCACCCUCAGGCCGGGAGGUGUGAAUGCUGUCGUGCUCGCGGAUUGGUUCUUGUCUAAAUGAGAGGCUUUUGUUGAGCGAAUCGGCUUUUCUAGUGACUGCGCUGAUAUUCAGAAGAGUAUCAUGGCGGUCUCUCUUGUCGAUCCUGUUGAGGAUCUAGAAGCGCCUUUGUUGACCCCCAACGGUGAAAGUGGCAGAUCACAUGAUGAUACCAUGGAAACUUUACAACAUUAUAAUAGCCGGUGGAGAUCCAUUCGAAUAAUGUACCUUACAAUGUUCUUCAGCAGUGUUGGAUUUUCUAUAGUCAUUAUGUCAGUAUGGCCCUAUCUUCAACAGGUAGAUAAAACCGCAGACGCAAGUUUCCUGGGCUGGAUUAUUGCUGCCUAUAGCAUUGGUCAAAUGAUAGCUUCCCCCUUCUUUGGAGUGUGGUCCAAUUAUAGGCCAAGAAGAGAAUCUCUUGUAGUUUCAACUAGUAUUUCAGUGGCUGCUAACUGUCUCUAUGCCUAUGUCCAUUUGCCUGCAUCACACAACAAAUACUACAUGGUGGUUGCUCGAGCGCUGGUGGGGUUUGGCGCAGGAAAUGUAGCAGUGGUUCGAUCUUAUGUCGCUGGUGCUACCUCUCUUACAGAAAGAACUGGUGCCAUGGCAAACACUAGUGCUUGCCAAGCAGUGGGAUUCAUACUGGGACCAGUUUUACAGACCCUCUUUACUCUCAUUGGAGAAAAAGGAGUCACAUGGAAAAUCAUUAAGCUUCAGGUGAACAUGUAUACAGCACCAGUUUUAUUUGGAGCUCUCCUAGGAAUUAUUAACAUUGUUCUGAUAUUUGCAGUGUUUAGAGAACAUCGAGUGGAUGAUGCAGGAAGACCAUACAGAAGCAUUAAUUUUGAAACAGAAGAAAAUGAUGAGGCUGGUGAGGAUAGUCAAGAAAGCGUUGACCUUGUGGCUGUUGUAUCAGCAAACAUUCUUUUCUUUGUCAUAUUAUUUAUUUUUGCAGUCUUUGAAACCAUAGCUACACCAUUGACAAUGGAUAUGUAUUCCUGGACCAGAAAACAAGCAGUGUUUAUCAAUGGACUUAUCCUUGGAGCUAUUGGCAUUGAGUCAGUCUUUGCAUUUUUAGGAGUUAAAAUACUUUCCAAAAAGACUGGUGAACGUGCUAUACUUUAUGGAGGCCUAGUUAUUAUACUGAUUGGAUUCUUUAUCUUAUUACCUUGGGGAAAUAAGUUACCUAAUAUCCAGUGGGAAGAGAUAAAGAAUAACUCUAUUACAACAACAGCUUUCACUGGAAGCCUUGCAUCUUUUUGGAGAGUGCAAAUGCCGCCUCCAUCAAAUAAUAUUACUGAAGCAACAGGAUGUCCCAUUGUACAGUCCUGGUGUUUACAUACUCCAGUGAUCAACUUGGGCCAGUACAUUACUGCAGACAUUCUAAUAGGACUGGGUUAUCCAAUCUGUAAUGUUAUGUCAUAUACUUUAUAUUCAAAAAUUUUAGGACCAAGGCCUCAGGGAAUCUAUAUGGGCUGGCUAACUGCCUGUGGAAGUGGCGCACGUAUACUUGGGCCAGUAUUUGUCAGCCAGCUCUACACACACUUGGGACCUCGCUGGGCAUUCAGCCUAAUUUGUGGAAUUGUUGUUCUCUCUCUCUUACUCUUGGAAGUGGUGUACAAGAGACUUGUUGCGUUUUCUGUCCGAUAUGGGAGGCUCCAAGAACAGAGUUGUUAGAUAUGGGGAACUACUGACCAGUCUUUUAUUAAUGUAUCAUUGCCCUUAUCCAAGGAGCUAUGGCAUUGCACUUCUGACUAACCAGGGUUUUACAUGUACUACUACUAAUUAAGUCUAUUAAUCAAGUUGUCAGUAGGAUAUAAUACUGGACAUAAUAGGCUGUGAUCAUAGAGGGUAAAGAAACGAUGUUUUGAGAGAUGAUACUCUUUGAUCUGUAGUUACCCUGUUUACCUGCAAGGAAGACAAAUUCUUUGCCCAUUUUUUAAUUUGCAUACAAGGUAUGCACAGUAAUAGCCUUUUAUUGAGGGGAAGGGGUUUCUUAAAUUCAGGGUCAGCUUCCUUUUAGGUAAAUAUGUUACUGGGGAUACUCUCAAGUGCACUGAUUCCGUGAAUCAGAUUGUACCAGUUUGGUAUUCAUGUUGAACUUGAAAUAGCUGUCUUAUGCACUUUUGUAAUCACCUACCUCUUCUCUACUUUAUAGUACAGCAGGCUCUGCUACAGUGAAUAAAAUCUUGAAAUACCUGUAGAUUAUCUUAACCAUCUAUAUCAUAUACAAAAGAAACAGUUGGAAGUAGGAUUCGCUUUUAAUCUUCUGUUCUUACAGAAUUAUUUCAAAAUGUAUUUAUCAACCACUUGUCUUUGCAUCCCUUUCCCUGUUUUUCAUUUAACCCUACUGGCCCCUGCUCAGUCAUUGUGAUUUAUUGUUCCUUAACCACUGGGAUGCAGACCCAAACUGCUGAAGCACUGCACUUCGCCAAAAUAUUAUUGCUAAUGUAGAUAAGGGCAAAUCUGUUCAUGAAAAUAACCCCUUAGACUACAUAGUUAGUUUAAGGUAUAGUAAUAUUAACUAUGCAUAAUGAGCUGUUUAUGAUGUAAAAAACUGCUUAACAAAUAUAUAGCUUAAAGACCUCAAUCUAUGAUAUUCACAGAGGAAUACAUACUGAAGGCUGGUUAAUAUACUCAUUUCACAAUUAAAGCAUAGAUGAAUGAGCCAUUGUAGAAAACCACAAGCAUUUUAAUUCAUUGUUUUUCCUGUUCUAAUUUUGACUCAAAUACAUACAGUCAUUUCAUUUUUAAGACUAUUAAACACUUGAUUGUGUAAUAUUUGUAUGUCUGCAAGCUGCCCUGUAACACUGAAGAGAUUACUCCAACUGAACUUAAAGUCCUGUCUAAAUGGAAAUUUAGAAACUGUAGAGAUUUUAUAUUUGC